UUGGUGACGUGCGUAUGGUGUCGGAACGCUUAGAGGUUAAGGUAGUGAGAGAAGUAAUCAGAUUUUUAUUAUGACGUUAAGUAAAUAGUGACAGUGCAGUGAUGGAUACACCAACAGGAGGGGGAAGAGAUUCCCGUUUUAAUAUGGGAUACAAUAUGUCUCUUUUAAGUGGUGAAACGCCGCCUGAAAUAUACGGAAGUACAAGCCAUGCGAGACCUACAACCUCUCUAACUUCUGGAGUGUCAAGGUCUUCAGUUUCGUUACCAAGUACUUGCAGUGCGGGUAUGACUCGUGGACUGAAGCGAACGUCUUCAGAUGUGUGUUUUGAACAAGAAGUGUCAGGUAGACCUAGCAUGUCAUCUCAAAGUGGGAUGGGCUUAUCAACGGACUGUGGCACUGACAUUGGGGACGAGGGCUACUCACAGGCCCAGAAAAAGACGCCGCCACCGAAUGGUAAAAAGACGAAGGGACGCGUUAAAAUAAAGAUGGAAUAUAUUGACAACAAACUUCGACGAUAUACAACUUUUUCGAAGAGGAAGACUGGUAUAAUGAAGAAGGCUUAUGAGCUUUCAACACUGACAGGGACCCAAGUGAUGCUUUUAGUGGCCUCUGAGACAGGCCAUGUCUACACUUUUGCUACCAGAAAACUGCAACCGAUGAUAACAUCGGAAGCAGGGAAAGCUCUAAUUCAGACAUGCUUGAAUUCCCCUGAUCCACCACCUUCAGGUGUUGGGGGCGACCAGAGGAUGUCUGCUACUGGGUUUGAGGAGACGGAGCUGACGUACAACAUUGGUGAUGAGGAGCAGAAAGUAAGACAGCUGGUGUAUGGUAGUUCACAACAUGUAGGUGGAGGUGGGGCUCAGCAACAUCCACAUCCUCAUGCACAGCAUUUCCAGCAGCACCCAGGGUCACCAUCUCCCCAUCAACACCAUCAUAUGAUGGCUCCACCACCGCAUUCUCACACCCAGUCACCUCCAUCACAUCUCAUCCCAUGUUCCAGUCCAGGGCCGCUGCUAGCAGGUGGCUAUCAGCAGCCAUGCCAAUCACCUCUACCACCACCUCAUGCUGCUUACCCACCUCCACACCCCCAUAUGUCACAUUCACACCCUCAACGGUAGUGGCACUUGCUGUAACAUCAGUGCGGUGAUUGAAACAGAGAAAAGCUCUAUCACACAUUUCCCCUGUGGAUAUAUCAGAAAGUUAUCACAGGUUAUCGUAAAGCUAAAAGUGACAUGUAAAAUAUUAUUUACCUUUGCUUGAAGGCUUUGCUUUGCAAGGUUCUGAUACAAUGCAUUUUGAAUUCAAAAUUGUGCAAGAAAAUCCAUAUUCUUGCAGAACACAGGCUUUUAUUGAGAAGCGUCUUAAAUGACUAACAACAAUUAAAUUAUUCCAAGAGAAUAAUUUUAAAAAGUUUCCCAGAAAUAAGGCAGUUUCUUGAUUUUUGUGGCUGAGAAUUAAGUCAGUUGAGGUUGAUAGUCAUGACUAAAUUUUGCAAAUAUUCUACGCCAUUUUUUAUCAUUAGAGAAUUUUCAUGUCAUGGUGCAUUAAAAAUGCUUAUUCUGUUUACAUUACAGGAGUGUUAAAAUAAUUAAACUGACAUACUGCACAGUCAGUGACCUCAAGUGCCAUUACUGUAAGGGUAUCAGAUUGUGCCAUUGAGCAGCAGUUGCCUUCAGAGGCAUUUUGUAUAUUCUGUGCAUGAUUUUUGUGGCUUUACUGCAUUGAUGGUUGUACAGCAAGUGUUUUGUUUCGUUAUGGUGUUGUUGCAGCAUGAAAGUUGCCUGUGCACAUGUAGAAAGUAAAUGAUAUUGCAGUGCUGAAAUGAGCAUGGAAUGUUUUUAAACAAAUUUUGAUUUGUUUUUGGUGAAUUAAAUUUUCACCAAAAUGUUUUAUUAUAUGACCAUGUCAUGGCUUUUUAGCUAGUAUAAAACUGGCAAGUAUUGUUUUUGCUGUAGUUAGUAGAGUGGGAUAUAGAAAACGGAACAUUCUUGGCUCCAUUAACAUCAGAUAUUUUCAGUCAAGAUGCUGAGGGGUGGGAAGUAAUAGAAAUUGCACAGUGUUCAUACUUCUUCUUUUUGCAUAUUUUCUAUCUAUCUCUUUCUUUUAUGUAUUGUAAUUGCGAAAUGUAGAACACUGUCAGUCUGUUACUGUUUUGUGGUACUGUAUUACUGUGUGUUGUUUUGGCACAGUAUCAUAAAUUGCCAAAAAGAAAUUGUGGUAUUCAGUUUCCACAGUACUUGAGAUUUUUUUAUUUACUUUUUUUAAAACAAAAGUUCAUUACAUGAGGCAUUUGCUUUGCAUGGUUUCCAUUUUAUACAGAGUCAUAAGUCAUAAAAUUGUUCUUAAAUAACAAUACCUGUUGUGCAUUCAGAUUUGCAGUUCAUUUAAUGAGUCAGUAUUACAUUUUUUUAAAAUAUUGAGACAUUAUAAACUGUUUGUUGUUUCUCUUUCAUAGUUACUUAGCAUCAGUUUGAGUUUUGAAAUGAGUGGCUUUGUGGUCAUGGACUUAAUUUUUGUCUCUAUUCAUGGUGUGAUUGCUGUAUGUUCUGUCCUGACUUACCUCUGGAGACAGUGUCAGACUUUUGGCACCUUUCCUACUGUUGCCACAACAUGUUUUAUAUUAUAGUGGUACUGUUUUUGCUACCUAGGCCAGCAGUAUGAUAGUUUUUUUAUGAUGUUUAACUGAUUACUGGUAGCAAAUGUCAGUACUGAAGUUUCAGAUAUGUAGGACAUUACAAAAUAUUGUGAACUGUAGUAAUUCAUUUACUAUGACCAGUACAAAUACGAUUACUUGCUAAGCGAAGGCUGAAACCGGUGAACGAUAUGCAUGAACUUGGAUUCUGCAGACACAAAUUGCUGAGUAACAUCAACUUUUUUAAUGAUUUUUUUUAUUAAAGAGAUAGUGCCAAUGGUAUUAUGACAUGACAUCCCAGUUCCUCAUGUCUUGUUUGUGAUCUGUUAGUCAGAAUAAUAUGUGAUUAGUGCAAUUUUCAGUUAAUAUUUAGUUAUAAGUAUACUUACAAAUUGCAGUGAAUAAUAUUUGUCAUAGAGAAGUUGAUGUCUAGGAAUUUGUAACUUACUAAAUCUUUCAUAAGAUACAGUGACUUUUUGUUACAUAA